UCCGUGAAACCCGACGACAUCAACCCCCGAACGGGGCUGGUGGUGGCUCUAGUCAGCGUCUUCCUGGUGUUUGGCUUCAUGUUCACCGUGUCUGGCAUCAAGGGAGAGACCCUGGGGGACAUCCCGCUGCUGGCCAUCGGGCCGGCCAUUUGCCUGCCAGGGAUCGCCGCCAUCGCCCUCACCAAAAAGACCGACGGCUGCACCAAAUGUCCCGAGGACGAGUGUAUGUGCUGCAAGGAAGUCGAGGACCGGGACAGCAUAGAGUUGCUGAGGACCCCCUCGGACCUGGAGUCUGGCAAGGGGAGUUGUGAUGAGCUGGCCAAGAAAGCAUGCCAGAAGGACAGGAAGGUGCGGUGGGGUGAGAACUGCACAACCAUCUGCACCGCUGCCACCAUCACCACCAUGGGAGAGCGCAAGAACUUCAUCAAAGAGGUGGAGCAGGAGGACAUGCUGAGAUACCUGGAGACCUGUUACCCAGAGAUGCCAGAGAACGUGUUCAUGGGAGAGGGGUCCGCAUACAGUGCCUUGGAGAAUAAGAGCUGUUCUCUCACCAAGGACAGCACCGCACGCCCAGACGUUGAAGACAACAUUUUUGUUGCUCCUAAAGACAGUAUCAUUGUCUGCUCUUACAAGGAGAGCACUCCUUAUGACAGAUACUGUUGUUACGUAAACUCUACUGGAGUCAGCUCAGACCAGGAGACCAUAGUGUGA